GAAUUUCAAAUGGACCAAAACAUUCCGCGCCCAGGGCCUGUUAACCGUUCAUUACUCACGUUGCCACUGCGUGCAGACCGUGUAUGGUAUGAACCAAAUUCCAAAGACUCGUGCUUGAAAUGCGUCAGUUGCCCUUCAGCUGCAUUCGGAGAUGAAGAGCGAGAUGAAAGAGUGGUAGAUAUGUUAGCAUAUGUUGGGUUCUUGGGGGUAGAGCACAUUGCCCGUAUGAAGGUGGAUCAUAGUUUAAUAUGCGCUUUGGUGGAGAGAUGGAGGCCGGAGACACAUACUUUCAAUCUUCCAUUUGGUGAGGUUGGCAUUAGUCUACAAGAUGUGGCGAUGAUCCUUGGUUUGCCCGUUCGGGGUAUGCCCCUCAGUGGUCCAACCAGGAAGGGUAAGGCUCGGUGGAUCGACCUGUGCACGCAGUCGUGUGGUUUCACUCCUCUAGAGAGUAGAGACUGAUAUGCGCACGAGUGAUUUCACCAUGAGUGUUGUUACCCGUCACCCAAUCCUACCUGACAGUUCAGGCGAAGAGGUCACCGAACACACCAGGACCCUAAUAUGGCAAUUGCUUGGAGGGUUUUUGUUCCCUGACACGAGUGGGACAAAAAUACGAUUGAAUUUUUUGGAGGUCUUGCAGGGUGACUUGGCUUUAGCCCGUCGAUGGAGUUGGGGAUCAGCGGUUCUCGGGUACCUCUACCAUAACUUGUGCAACGACGCCAAGUGGGAAACCAAACAAGUUGGCGGUUGUAUGCACUUGUUACAGAUUUGGGCUUGGUGGAGGAUUUCGAUGGUCCGUCCCUCAGUACUUCAGGUCAUUCAACAUGACCAUCUUCCAUAUGGGUGCAAGUAUGUUGGCAAUUACAUCUUAAUAAUUGAGAAUGCUUUAUAUGACGUUACAUUUUUUAACUUCAUAUCGGUAAUCAAUAAAUGUAGGUGGAUCAUCCCCAAGUCAUAUAAGGGAUCCCCAAGACACUGCAUAUGCUUGUACCGGGCCGGGAUGACCUAGACCGCAUGAGUGAGAGUCAGAUAGUACUUGAAAUUUUUACUUCAACCGUACUAUUCAAUUUUCAAUACACAUUGUUUUAUAGUUCUUAAAUUGCAAAUUAAACUUUUUACAUUUUGAUUUCACUCCCUACGCGUCUGAGACACUCCCACCUCUCAUCCUUAAUGACGCUCCGCUUUGGUCGGCUAGGGUCAUGCCCAUAUUUUGCAAUAUGGCCGAAAUGCAUUACCCCGAUCAAUUUCUUCGGCAGUUCCAUAUAAGGCAAGAUACUCCGAAUGCUCCUUUGACGGGUACUGAUAAUCGCGGCAAUCGUUCCAGCAUAGUAACCGGUGCCUUAGCGAUGUGGGCGGCCAUACAACAUAAUAUAUACUUUCUUGAUUAUGAUCGACAUAUGUCCCUCGAAGCAACUAAUAGGUACCCAAAAUGGUACAAGAAGCAUGGUAUAACACGUGUCCAGAACCCUUCUCACAAUGUGCCCACGACAGGCUACACCCCGACAGCACACGAUUAGGUUAUUGUGAAGCAAGGCGUUCACGAGGUGUAUCAGCUCUUAGCCGACCGCGCGAGUUAUGAGGACCGUCAAAAACGACUACGGCGGAUGGCCCUGGACGUAGGUGAUGAAGAGAUGCUCCACCGGGGCAUAUUCCAUUAUGAAGAUGAAGAUGAAGGUGGAAGUGACGAAGAGGAUGAUGCAGAUGAACAUGAAGGUGGGGGGUGAGGACUCACAAUCGCCCCCUCAAUUCUCAACACAGGGUGUCUCAUUUGAUCAACCACCCCCUCAAUUCUCAACGCAUCAAGGUGUCUCAUUUGAUCAACCACCGCCAUAUUAUGAUUCUUAUCAGUGCUCCACACAAGCGGGUGAUUGUGUUGAGUCAUUUCUGAAUUCGUCGUUUUACUAUGGAGACACAACGGGGCCUUGGAACACUGGCGGUGGGGACGGAGCAGGGCCGAGCACGCUACGUUAGAUGUAGUAAAAAUUGAAAACUACAUUUGUUUUGUUUACUUCCAUUAAAAUUACAAAAAUUGCACUUAAAACAAAAUCAAAUUUGUAUCUCAUUUGACGAAUGGAUUAUAUCAAAAUUGCACUUAAAAUUACAAAAUUUGCAAUUAAAACAAAAUUCACAAUACAAAUGGAUUAAAAAACAAUAUAAAGCAAUCAAAUGUUUUGUUACUCAAAAAAUCAAAAUGCUAAGUUUUCAUUUUAAAAAAUAUGUCAGGAAUCUAAAAAAACUUUUAAAUUUGGAAUGGAUAGAAUUUAGCCCUAGAAUUUAAAACGUUUAGUUUUUAAAACUCAAAAUAAAAAACUUAAGAAUUCGGCAAAAAAAUAAAAAAUAAAAAAACUCCUAGUCGGAAGUGGCUAAUCCGACAGGAGGGGAGGUUUUUUUUUUGUUAGAAACCUUACCUCUAGUCGGAACUGGGUGUUCCGACUCCCGUUUUUGGGUAAACCCUAAAAAAUCCCCUUAUUUUGGCAACCCCAACCCACUUUUCCCGUGUUUCGGUAAAUCACCCGCAAAAUAAAACCCUAAUCUCUAGUCGGAAUCCGUUGUUCCGACUCCCGUAUUUUGGUAACCUAAAUCACUUUCCUGUAUUUUGGCAUGUCAGACGCCAUACUCCCGUAAUAUGGUAAUUUCCUCUUUGUUUU